AUGCGUUUCCUCAUCCUCGGCGGCACGGGCGCAGUCGGUCAGGUCCUACUCGCCCAAGCACUCGAGAAGAAGCAUGAGUGCAUCGUGUUUGCGCGAUCGCCUCAGAAGCUGCCAGAGGAGAUGUCAAAGAACUCCCUGCUCACUGUGAUCAAAGGCGAAUUGCACGAUGCCGAGGCCGUCAAGAGCUGCUUCUUCACUGACAAAGCAUGUACCGAGAAACGUCACAUCGAUGCCAUUCUCUCUGUUCUCGGUCCACAAGGCCCCCGACACCCCUGGGGUUGUCCGAUCAGCAAAGGCUAUCAGCUCUUCAUCGAUGUCUCCAACGAUGCCGGCCAGAAACCCCGGCUCAUCAUCCUGAGUACAAUCAGCGUCUACAACGAGAACGACAAGCCAAGCCUCCUUCGCGCUGCCGCAGUUCUCGUCAUUUGGGGCCCAGGACAUAUGGCCUGGAGAGAGAUCAUCAAGACCAUGGAGGUCUCCCGCAAUGCCAUCAAACAAGGCAAAGCCGACAUCACGCUCGUCCGCAUACCUUUCUUGUCGACCUAUGGCGGUUCAGGCUACAGCGCUGGCUACGUCGGCGGCAGUGGCGCGGCUGGCGUCAGUCUCUGGCUAUCGCGCGAAGAUAUGGCAGGCUUCAUGCUCGAUGAGGGCGAGACGAAGCUAUCAGAAUCUCAAUGGAAUAACAAAGAACCCGCAAUAUGUAGCAAGUAA